CUUUUUACUAGAUAGCUACUUAACUUGGCAUCAACACAAAGCUGCAUUGAUGGCGGCUGUAUCUCCAAAAUGGGUUUCUUUUCUUCUACUUUUCUUGUGCAUCGUUCUUCAUUUGAGUGCUAUCACUCUGGGUGAUGACAAACUUGAAAAAACUAGGCUUGGUGAUGAUAACUGCGGGUUUGGUCGAAGAGGCUGUGGUGGUCGGUUUGGUGGUGGACGAGGAGGUGGUGGAGGUUUAGGAGGUGGUGGAGGGGGUGGGGGUGGUGUUGGUGGUGGUUCGGGUCAUGGCGGGGGCUUUGGGGCUGGAGGUGGUGUAGGUGGUGGCCUUGGAGGUGGUGUUGGUGGGGGCGGAGGCGGUGGAGGGGGAGGUGGUGGAGGCGUAGGUGGAGGAUCAGGCCAUGGAGGUGGCUUUGGUGCUGGUGGCGGUGUAGGAGGUGGUGCUGGUGGGGGAAGCGGUGGAGGAGGUGGUGGAGGCGGAGGAGGGGGUGGGGGUGGUAUUGGUAGCGGUUCGGGUCAUGGCGGGGGCUUCGGGGCAGGAGGCGGUGUAGGUGGUGGCCUUGGAGGUGGUGCUGGUGGGGGCGGAGGCGGUGGAGGGGGAGGUGGUGGAGGAUUAGGCCAUGGAGGUGGCUUUGGUGCAGGUGGGGGUGUAGGAGGUGGUGCUGGUGGUGGUUUAGGUGGGGGAAGCAGUGGUGGAGCAGGUGGAGGGUUUGGAGUUGGAAUUGGCGUUGGCAUUGGCGUUGGAGUUGGUGCAGGUGCAGGUGCAGGCAAGGGAUCUGGCAGUGGUAAUGGUGGCAGACAUUGA